UGCAAUAAGUUGAAGUGAAACAGAUAUAUUUUGUCUCACUUCAACUUACAGCGCUAAUUCAGCUAGUAUAGCUAAAAAGAACGGACUAUGCACUGGCAGUGAAUAUCGGAACGCAGCUAUAGCUGUGAUGUGAAAAAAAGAAGGAAAUAGAACUAGCGUAGCCAAUUCAGCCAAAAAGAACAGACCACAUGUGUGAAGGCUUUUAGCAAUUCUACUGUUUGAGUUCCUUUUUCCUAACUACUGGCGUAGGAGACAAGGUAGUCCACAGCCACAAUUGAGAGGAGAAAGGUUUCUUUUUAUUUACGAUUUCUGAAUUAUGGCGGUAGGCAAGAAUAAAGGCCUUUCGAAAGGAGGUAAAAAAGGAGUAAAAAAGAAGAUUGUGGAUCCUUUUACUCGCAAAGACUGGUAUGAUGUAAAGGCACCUUCUAUGUUUGCCAAUCGGCAGGUGGGCAAAACUUUGGUCAAUAGAACUCAAGGCACCAAAAUAGCUUCAGAAGGUCUCAAGUUCAGAGUGUUUGAAGUAUCUCUGGCUGAUUUGCAAAGUGACCAAGAUGCAGAGAGAUCAUUCCGUAAAUUUAGACUGAUUGCUGAGGAUGUCCAGGGUCGCAACGUAUUGACCAACUUCCAUGGAAUGGACUUGACCACGGAUAAACUUCGAUCAAUGGUGAAGAAGUGGCAGACAUUAAUCGAAGCUAACGUUGAUGUAAAAACUACAGAUGGCUAUUUAUUACGCAUUUUCUGCAUUGGCUUUACAAAUAAGGAUCAACUCAGUACAAGAAAAACCUGUUAUGCUCAACAUGCGCAAGUGAAAAAAAUCAGACAGAAGAUGGUUGAAACUAUCACUGAAGAUAUCACAAAGACCGACUUGAAGGGUGUAGUUAGUAAAUUGCUUCCUGACGCCACGGCCAAAGACAUCGAGAAAGCAUCACAGGGAAUUUAUCCUCUGCACGAUGUUUAUAUUCGUAAGGUGAAAGUAUUGAAGAAGCCUCGCUUUGAAUUAAGCAAAUUGUUGGAGUUGCACGGAGAUGGAGGUGGCAACAAGAGCGAGGAAGUUGGCGAAAGCGGUUCCAAGAUCGACAGGCCGGAGGGUUACGAGCCACCGGUACAAGAAUCUGUUUAACGGUGCAAAAUUAUUUUAUAAUCUUUCACAAAAAUAAAGUCGAUUUUUUAUCGUGUAAAUAA